AUGUCAUUAUUUGGGACGUCGCCAGAUGACUCCCCGGCAGCCGAUUCAGCUCGGAGAUCCAAAACUUCUUUAUUUGCCGACGAGCCUUCGUUCGGCACCGGCAGCGCUAAUUUUGGCGGGUCCUCUCUCUUCGCAGAUGACGAUGAUUUAGGUUCACCGUGGAAUAGUAACACUGCCAAACGAACAUCCAAACAACAAUUGGUCAAAACUUUGUUGCCGGACUCGGAUGUACCUGAAAGCUAUAUCGAUGCGUACGACCUCGUACUGAGUGCGGGGGAAAGAGCGGGCACGGGCGUUAGCCUAACGACUGUUCGAGAGCUAUUGUCUGGCGGCGGACUUUCGGCAACGGAUCAGGCCAAGAUCCUCAACCUUGUUCUCUCCGGUGAUACUGAUAGGUCCAACGGGCUGAGUCGUGGAGAGUUCAAUGUUCUACUAGCUUUGAUAGGGCUUGCGCAGGAAGGUGAAGACUUAACUUUCGACACCGUAGACGAUCGCCGCAAGAGUAUGUCCUUUGCGUCCGAAGACUACAUUGAAACUAACAGGCUUGCAGAGCUUCCUGUACCAAAUAGCUCCUAUUUGGAUGCGCUGCGCGCGAAGCAAGAGUCUAUCAUGCCCCCUUCGCAUGAGCGUCCUUCCACUCCUCCUGCGCCCCCAAUUCCCGUACAAGAACCGAGCCCCGCGCAAUCGCGGCGUGCUAGAGGAGAUUCCAUGGGUGGCCUAGAUGCAGACCCAUGGGGUAGUCCGCAGCUACAUCGUGGCCAUGCUCACACUCAGCGCGAAGCCGAGCGCGGCAUGCUGAAUGGGUAUGGCAGCGUUCGAUCAGCAACAAACGCCUGGUCCAAGACUGGUGACUCGGUAAAUCCAGAUGCACCCUCUAAUUCGAGCUACACAAAUGGCCGGUCUGAGAUUCGCAGUUCCAAUAGCGCCGAUUACGGGUGGGGUGACCAUUUUGCGCAAUCAUCACAGGGCGGGAGCCUCGGAGGGCCAGUUCAGCCUGGUCUCGGAGAUUUUGGACGGCCAGGGAUCGGUCGGGGCGAGCCUAAUCCCAGUCGACAGUCACUGAACAUUGACCGGGCCAUAAACAACCAUGUCAAAGAAGUGGUGACAGUAACACUUCUCCCAGAGAAGGAGGGGUUGUUCAUGUUUCAGCAUCGCAAUUACGAGGUUAAAUCGGCACGUCGCGGGAGCACAGUUGUUCGACGUUAUAGUGAUUUUGUCUGGCUUCUUGAUUGUCUUCAUAAACGAUACCCAUUCCGUCAACUACCUCUACUUCCACCGAAACGUAUUGCAGCGGAUUCAAAUUCUUUUCUCGAAAAGCGUCGGCGCGGUCUCGUACGAUUUAUGAAUGCCCUUGUCUCACAUCCGGUUCUCAGUCAGGAGCAGCUGGUGGUUAUGUUCUUGACGGUUCCUACGGAGCUCUCGGUAUGGCGAAAGCAAGCGACAAUAUCUGUGCAAGAUGAAUUUGCUGGUCGGGUUCUACCCCCUGACCUAGAAGACUCUUUACCCUCCACCCUCAUGGAGACCUUCGAGACAGUCAGGAGCGGCGUUAAACGGUCGGCCGAGGUUUAUAUCAACCUCUGCACGCUUCUUGAGCGGCUAGCCAAACGUAAUGAAGGCCUUGCUGCAGACCAUCUGCGUUUCUCGCUUGCCCUGCAGUCCCUUACAGAAAUGACUCGGGACACAUACGCGUUAGAUACGAACGACGUGCCUUUACUGAAUGAAGGGAUCAAGGCCACGGCAAGACACUUGUCCGCCAGUCAAAGUCUGCUAGAAGACGAGGCGCGGGCGUGGGAAGACGGAGUGUUGGAAGAUUUGAAACGUCAGCGAGACAGCCUAGUGAGUGUGCGGGAGAUGUUUGACCGACGGGACCGAUAUGCCCGUAACAACAUCCCCCAGUUAGAAAGGCGAAUUGAGGCGAAUGAACGCAAGCUCCAAGACCUACGAGCGCGACCACAGGGGACCGUCAAGCCAGGUGAAAUCGAAAAGGUCGAGGAGUCGAUUUUCAAGGACAAAGAAUCAAUUGUACAACAGCAUGCGCGUGGAGUGUUCAUCAAAGAGUGCAUCCGAGACGAGCUUAUCUACUUCCAACAGAGCCAGUAUCACAUCAGCCGGCUUCAUCAGGAUUGGAGUCAAGAGCGAGUCAAGUACUCGGAGCUGCAAGCUGACAACUGGCGGUCACUGGGUGACCAGGUGGAGGGGAUGCCUCUUGGAGACUAAGCAUUACUGCGUCUCCAGUGGAAAUCGUAGCUCCGCGCAUGCAAUGAGGGAUUUUCUGUAUUCGGUAUUGACUUUUUGUCUUUACCUUCUCUUUGUUUUUGUUUUGUUUUCUUUUUCUUCUAUGUUCGCCUUGAUGUUUGCUAUUCCUUUGCGCGUGCAGGUGCCUAUAUGUUGUUCUAUUAGCCGAGAUAUAUCUCCUUUUAUCUUCAUGGAAUGCAUUCGUUUUCUCAGC